UACCGCGAAAUAUUGAAGUAGCAAGAUGGGGAAAGUGAUGUACCUGCAUCCGGAGAGAUAAUCAAAGGUUUUACUAACUUUAAAGAAAACCAGUCAGCUAUGGACGCUGCUCUGGAUAAUAUAUGCGAGGAUGUGCACUGUAGAAGAAAACAAGCUAAGACUUUGCUUCAGCUGAUGGGUCUCCCAGAAAACAGUGGAGCAUGCCAAAGCCUAUACGUCUACGGCUGUUCGUCAACUGGCAAGACAUGCUUAGUACAAAAGAUUUUGCAGAAGCUUCAGGUGAAGCAUGCUUACGUUAACGUAGUGGCAACGUACACAGCCAGGAUGCUUUUCGAAACCAUUAUCAAUCAGCUCGCGUGCCAUGUGCCCUCGGUCGAGAAUGACUUUUCGAACUACGCAAGCUGUGAGAACACCCAGGAGUUCUUACGACACCUCAAAAACGUGGUGUCAGAAGACUUGGACUGCCCUUCGGCGAUUUACAUUGGUAUUGAUAAUUCAGAAAGGCUUCGUGAUUUCGACCCCACUGUACUAGCCACAUUCCUGCGCCUGCAGGAACUUACAAAAAGGCACAUAUGCGUUAUACUUAUCUCCGAGAUACUUUGGGAGAAAUUCCGUUGUGGUACAGGAUUUUGCGAGCCGUACUUUGUUCACUUCCCACAGUAUUCACGAGAUGACCUUGUAAGGAUCCUCUGCAGUUAUCGACCAGAUGGCUACAGCGAAGAUUUCUAUGCAAAGUUUUUGCACCUUCUGCUAAGUGUGUUUUAUGUGAUCACGUGCAACCUACGUGAGCUACAGUAUGUGGCACAAGUGAAUUUUAAACAGUUUUGCGCUCCAAUUGAUGAUGGAUCUGCAUCGGAAAAGGACAUUCAUAGAUUAUGGCGAAAUGUUGAGCCACACAUGAAAAAAAGCUUACAGUCAGUUUAUCUCAAAGAGGUGUCAAGCUCUCAACUAGAAAGGAUGCAGUCGAGGGAGGGAGAACCAGGCACCUCAGCACCGAAGAAGAGCCUUGUUGAACUGCCAUUUUACUCAAAAUUCCUGCUGCUUGCUGCAUACAUGGCAUCGUACAAUCCUCCGAGCACUGACAGGAAAUUUUUUGUCAAGAACCAGGGUAAGACGCCAAAGCGGAGGCCAAGUAGAGCAAAACAAAAGCCCAACAACCACAUUCUUGGACCUAAAAUGUUUCCGCUGAGUCGCAUGCUGGCAAUAUUUUAUGCCAUUGUCGACGAAUCUGUGGGGCCUUCGUCCAUGAUUUUCGCUCAGAUAAAAACGCUCGUUUCGUUACGGUUAAUGGCGCAAGUAACAGCGGACGACCAACUCAGUGGACCCAAGUAUAAAUGCCUGGUCGGCCUCGACUUCAUUCGGGAAAUCUCAAGGACUGUCAACUUUGACGUGACGGGACACUUGAACGACUUCAAUAUAUAAGAGCCCUGUGAACUCGGCUGCUUAGAAAUGAUUGCUUGUAAAUAUAUAUGCACAUAUUUUGUACGAUGUGUUUCUAUGUACAAUAAAAAAAAUGAAUGCUC